CUGUCAUCUUUUAACCAAAGUUUCAAAAACUUGGUCAAAAUUUGUUAGAAACUCUCAGUAAAAUUUGCCGAAAUAUUUAUAUUUGAAGCCAUGGAGGGUAAGACCAAUAAUGAUACGACUGAAUUCCUUCAAGAGCUCAAGAGUCAGGCAUCGCUGAGUCGCGGUAGAGGAGAGAAGGAUUCAAGCACUUGGGUUGACCCAGCAGAUGGAACARCUUAUGAAUGGGAUAAGGAAAAGCAAGGCUGGUUUCCAAAGGUUGAUGAAGACUUUAUAGCUGCAUACCAAAUGAACUAUGGAUUCACUGCUCCAGAAGAAAAACCUGAGGAAAAGCCAUCAAGUUCCUCUGAUACAACAAUAACAAAGGAUGGUCCAGUUGCUGCUACUGCAGAAAGCUUAAAGGAAAAGGAAAAAGAUGAAACAAAAGAAAAGGAUGAAAAAGGGAAGAAGAGAAAAGCUAAAGAAGAACCAACUUGGUUCGACAUGGAUCAGGCCAAAAAUACGAAUGUCUAUGUGUCAGGUCUUCCCUUGGACAUCGACGAAGAAGAAUUUGGAGAUCUGAUGUUGAAAUAUGGAAUAAUCAUGGAAGACCCUGAUACAAGCAAGCUGAAAGUCAAGUUAUAUAAAGAUGAAAAUGGUAAACCUAAAGGUGAUGGUAGAUGUUGCUAUCUGAAGAUUGAAAGCRUUGAUCUUGCUAUUGAACUUCUUGAUGAAUCAGAAUACAGAGGACACACAAUCCACGUGGAACAGGCAGAGUUUCACAUGAAAGGUAAUUUUAACCCGUCGUUAAAGAAAAAGAAGAAAAAUAAAAAGAAGAAAAAGCCAGGGAAAGGACAAGAAAAACUUUUAGACUGGGUUGAUAGAGAUGUUAGAAAACCUAAAAAUGAACGGGUCGUUAUAAUAAAAAAUAUGUUUGACCCUAAAGUCUUCGAGAAAGAACCACAACAGAUACUCGAACUGYGUAACGACCUACGAACAGAGUGUGAAAAAUACGGCGACGUUCGCAAGGUCAUGGUCUUUGAUAGAAACCCAGAAGGGAUUUGUUCAGUGGCGUUCAAAGAGCACGAGUCAACGGAUGCAUGUAUCACGGUAAUGAAUGGUCGUUGGUUUGCUGGUAGGAUGCUACAGGCGUCAAGAUGGGACGGUAUUACAAACUUUAACAUACAGGAAUCCGAGAAAGAUCUGGAAGACAGAAUGAAAAACUGGGAAAAAUAUUUAUACGGCGAGGAAGACGAGCCCUCCAAAACUGCCUCUCCAUCCACGACAACYACAACAAAGCCUUGACUCACUGACUGCUGAUGGAAAAGUAGAGUAUGUAGAAGGCAAGUAGAAACCCUCUCUCGACAAUGUAUCAUAAUCUCUGGUGUGGGUCUUCAUUCAGUGCAACAUGCCUCUGAACUUGCUGAACAGAUUUUCUACGAACGUACCCAUAGAAUCAGAAAGUCUCCUUAGCCAAUCACAUGACGUAAAUUCCGGCACCGUUUAUCCAAUCAGAACGCAGAUAGACGCUACUUUCACGGCGAUUCUAUAGAGCAGUUUUCGUAUGACCGUGAAAAGUUCACGUCACGAAAACGGUCGUGACACGGCAAGGGAUACGCCAGACCAAUCACAUUGCAGAGAAGUUCCUCUCCAUCCAAUCAGAUACCCAGAACAUGGCAUGAACACGGCGCGGACACGGUCACGCCAAGGUCACGGC